UCUUCAUCUUCAAACUUCACAAACACACAAAUCAUAAAAGAAGCAAAGAGUCCAGUCAAGAAAAAGAAAAGAGAUGGGUUCAAGGAGCAAAGCAUGGUUAGUAGCUGUAAGCAUCGGAGCCUUGGAAGCGUCCAAGGAUCAAUUAGGCAUGUGUCGGUGGAACUACUUGAUCAGGUCUGUGAAUCAACGUAUCAAGAACAACAUGAGAUCUGCUUCUCAGGCUAACAGAUUCUCUUCUUCGUCGACUACUACCACCACCGCCGCUGUAGCUUCUGUUAAGGGUAAUGGUGAUAAGGCGAAGCAAGCUGAGGAGUCACUUAGGACAGUUAUGUACUUGAGCUGUUGGGGUCCUAACUAAAUUCAGACAUGAUCUUUUGUUUUGUAGUAGGAUAAACUAGAUAUGGAAAUUGCAAAAUGUUUUAAAUUAAGGGAAUUUUGUUCUCGGUGCCA